UUCCGCUGGCUAGUGGCUAACUAGCUUAGCUUACAUAGUACACUCCAGUUCCCGGUUCGCAAAUAAAUACAGACGUUUCUACCGAAUAUAGCUAUGUAAAGGCUGAAUUAAAUACUUUUUGUGUUUUUUAUUUUGUCCCCACAAUGAUGAUUACAGUAUAUGUAGAAAAUACGUUUAAAUAGUUUUGAGUUAACGCACUGUAAGUUAUUUUGUCUGACGAACAUUAACGUUAGCUAACUCGGCUAACAUUAUUUUGCCUGGCUCUGCAGCUCGGAGCAGAUUAGCUCCAAUAUUUAGCAGAUACAACAAGCUGGCUGACCCCAACAUAAACGAAAUCUGAAGUUCAGCUACGAAAGUAUGUCGGACUCAGACAGUGACGAGGACCAAGAUCGUCCUUUCUCUAUCACUGGCUUCCUCUUUGGAAACAUCAAUGAAGAUGGACAGCUGGAGGAUGACAGUGUUCUGGACAAUGAGUCCAAAAAGCAUUUGGCUGGUUUGGGAAAUUUAGGUCUUGGCUCACUCAUUACAGAGAUCACUGCCAAUGAUGAGGAUGAUCAAGAGGACAGCAGGGACUCUGGUAGCGUGGACGCAGAAGGUUGGGUGAAAAGCACAGAAGAUGCAGUUGAUUAUUCGGACAUCAGUGAGGUUGCUGAGGAUGAGACAAAGAAGUACCGUCAGGCCAUGGGGUCUUUGCAGCCCAGCAGGAAAACAGAUGAUGAGGAUGACUAUGAUGCUGACUGCGAGGAUAUUGAUUCUAAACUUAUGCCUCCUCCGCCACCACCGAGUUUACCCACCGCUGCUAAGAAAGAGGAACCCUCCUCUCAGAGCACAAAUGCUGGGGAAGAGGGUGAUGGCAUCAUCCUGCCCUCCAUCAUUGCACCAUCAUCUACGGCUGAUAAGGUUGACUUCAGCAGCUCCUCAGACUCAGAGUCAGAAACUGACCGUCCUUGCCAGGGCUUGGGGUCUGGAGGCCCCCCAGAUAGGCUCACCCUCCCUCUUGCUGGCAUCAUGCAGAAAGAUGCUGCCAAAGCCCUGCCAGGUGUCACAGAGCUUUUCCCCGAGUUCAGGCCUGGAAGGGUGCUCAGGUUCUUACGGCUGUUUGGUCCGGGAAAGAACAUGCCAUCAGUUUGGAGGAGUGCCCGCAGGAAGAAGAAGCGGAAGCACAGAGACCCUCAGCCUGGGACACCUCCUCCGGAAGGAGAGCCCACAGAGCAGAGCCUGGAGAAGAAAUCUGGAUGGCUUUACGAGUACGCGGCCCCUCCACCCCCAGAGCAAUGUUUGUCUGAUGAUGAGAUAACCAUGAUGGCUCCAGUAGAAUCUAAGUUCUCACAGACUUGCGGCGAUGGGGACAAGGAGGCAGAGUCUCGACCGAAAGUAGCAGAAUGGAGAUAUGGUCCAGCACAGCUCUGGUACGACAUGCUAGGAGUCUCUGAGGAUGGAAGCAACUUCACCUAUGGCUUCAAGCUAAAAGACGAGCACACCAGUGAGCCUCAGCAGCAGGACACGCCUAAAGAAAUAACAGAGACUGCACAUGAGUUUCAGAGGCUGGAUGGCGACGACGAUGAUAAUGAGGAUGGAGAUAAGGACAGAUCUGCCCUCGAGAAUGAAGUCUUCCUGAUGGUCACUCAACUGAAAUGGGAGGAUGAUAUUAUCUGGAAUGGAGAGGACGUAAAACACAAGGGCACAAAGACUCAGCGAGCCAGUUUGGCAGGAUGGCUGCCAUCUAGCAUGACCCGCAAUGCAAAUGCUUACAACGCACAGCAGGGUCUGACAAGAAGCAAUUCCCAGUUGGUGCCACCUACACCUCCGCCUAUGCCCAAAGCUUCUUCAAUCUCUGGCUCUAAGCGGGAAAAAAACAGCCAUGAUAAUCAAGCCUCUCACGAAGAAGACUCUCCCUGGUUCUCGAUUUUCCCCAUUGACAACGAGGAGUUGGUGUAUGGACGCUGGGAAGAUAACAUUAUCUGGGAUGACCAGGAGAUGGAUCACUUGCUCAUGCCACCUGUUCUUACACUGGAUCCCAAUGAUGAGAAUAUCAUCCUAGAAAUUCCCAAUGAAAAGGAGGAGAUGACUUCCCACUCCCCAUCAAAAGAGAACAAGAAGGAAACGGCAAUCAAGAAGAGCCGCAUCCUGCUGGGGAAGACUGGUGUGAUAAAAGAUGAGCCACAGCAGAACAUGUCCCAGCCUGAAGUGAAGGACCCCUGGAACCUCUCCAAUGAUGAGUUCUAUUAUCCUAAACAGCAGGGGCUGAGGGGAACGUUCGGUGGCAACAUUAUUCAGCACUCCAUCCCUGCACUGGAGCUGAGGCAGCCUUUCUUCCCCACUCACAUGGGGCCCAUGAAGCUGCGCCAGUUUCAUCGACCGACUCUGAAGAAGUACUCAUUUGGAGCUUUGGCUCAACCAGGUCCCCAUCCUGCCCAGCCUCUGCUCAAACACAUCAAGAAGAAGGCCAAGAUGCGAGAGCAGGAGCGUCAGGCGUCAGGUGGAGGAGACAUGUUCUUCAUGCGAACUCCGCAGGACUUGACAGGCAAAGAUGGAGAUCUGAUCCUGGCAGAGUACAGCGAAGAAUACCCCCCUCUCAUCAUGCAAGUUGGCUUGGCCACCAAGAUCAAAAACUACUACAAAAGGAAACCUGGAAAAGAUCCUGGAGCACCUGACUGUAAAUAUGGAGAGACCGUGUACUGCCACACGUCCCCGUUCCUGGGUUCUCUUCAUCCUGGACAGCUGCUCCAGGCAUUUGAAAACAACCUUUUCCGUGCUCCAAUCUACCUGCACAAGAUGCCAGAGACCGAUUUCUUGGUUCUGCGAACGCGCCAUGGCCUCUACAUUAGAGAGAUUGUGGACAUUUUUGUAGUUGGUCAGCAGUGCCCCUUGUUUGAGGUUCCAGGGCCCAACUCCAAACGAGCCAAUACUCACAUCAGAGACUUCCUACAGGUGUUCAUUUACCGCUUGUUCUGGAAGAGCAAGGACCGGCCCCGCAGAAUCCGCAUGGAAGAUAUUAAGAAAGCUUUUCCCUCACACUCAGAGAGCAGCAUCAGGAAACGGCUAAAACUGUGUGCUGACUUCAAACGUACAGGGAUGGAUUCUAACUGGUGGGUGCUGAAGCCUGACUUCAGACUGCCUACAGAGGAGGAGAUCAGGGCCAUGGUGUCUCCAGAGCAGUGCUGUGCUUACUAUAGCAUGCUGGUGGCAGAGCAGAGGCUCAAGGAUGCUGGGUAUGGCGAAAAAUCCUUCUUUGCUCCAGAGGAGGAGAAUGAAGAGGACUUUCAAAUGAAGAUUGAUGAUGAGGUGCGGACAGCUCCUUGGAACACAACAAGAGCCUUCAUUUCUGCCAUGAAGGGGAAAUGCCUGUUGGAAGUUACAGGUGUGGCUGAUCCCACUGGCUGCGGAGAGGGUUUCUCUUACGUCAAAGUGCCCAACAAGCCCACUCAACAGAAGGAUGACAAAGAGCCGCAGCCUGCUAAGAAGACUGUGACGGGGACAGACGCUGACCUGAGGAGACUCUCACUAAAGAAUGCCAAGCAACUGCUGCGCAAGUUUGGUGUUCCAGAGGAAGAGAUCAAGAAGCUCUCACGUUGGGAGGUGAUUGACGUGGUGAGAACCAUGUCCACAGAACAGGCACGCUCAGGCGAGGGACCCAUGAGCAAGUUUGCCAGAGGCUCUCGUUUCUCUGUUGCUGAGCACCAGGAGCGCUACAAGGAGGAGUGCCAGAGGAUCUUUGACCUGCAGAACAAAGUGUUAGAGUCGACAGAGGUGCUCUCCACAGACACAGACAGCAGCUCUGCAGAGGACAGUGACUUUGAGGAGAUGGGGAAGAACAUUGAGAACAUGCUCCAGAACAAGAAGACCAGCUCCCAGCUUUCCCGCGAGAGGGAGGAGCAGGAGAGGAAGGAGCUGCAGAGGAUGCUGAUGGGCGAGGAGAGCGAUCGCGACCACAAGGGACGCAAGGAGAGGCGCAAAGGCUUGUCUAGCUCCCUAUCCACCAGCUCCCAUAAAGACGAUGACACGUCCUCUGUCACCAGCCUAAACUCCUCAGCCACAGGACGGCGACUCAAAAUCUAUCGCACCUUCAGGGAUGAGGACGGCAAGGAGUAUGUCCGCUGCGAGACGGUGCGCAAGGCUUCCGUCAUUGACGCCUACACCAGGAUCAGAACCACCAAGGAUGAUGAAUUCAUACGAAAGUUUGCCCUCUUCGAUGAGCAGCACAGAGAGGAGAUGAGGAAGGAGCGCCGGCGUAUUCAAGAGCAGCUGAGGAGGCUGAAGAGAAACCAAGAGAAAGACAAGAUCAAGGGACCUCCAGAGAAGAAGGCCAAGAAGGUCAAAGAGAGACCAGACCUCAAGUUAAAGUGCGGCGCAUGUGGAGCCAUCGGACACAUGAGGACCAACAAGUUCUGCCCGCUGUACUAUCAGACCAACGCCCCGCCUUCUAACCCAGUUGCCAUGACAGAGGAGCAAGAGGAGGAGCUGGAAAAGACUGUCAUCCACAAUGACAACGAGGAACUGAUAAAGGUGGAGGGCACCAAGAUUGUGCUGGGCAAACAGCUCAUUGAGAGUGCUGAUGAGGUCCGCAGAAAGUCUUUAGCUGUGCACUGUGACUACCUCAAUAAACCCCACAAGGCCAUUCACCGCAGACGUACUGACCCCAUGGUGACCUUGUCUUCUGUGCUAGAGAGCAUCAUCAAUGACAUGCGGGAUCACCCCAAUACAUAUCCAUUCCACACCCCAGUCAAUGCCAAGGUUGUGAAGGACUACUAUAAGAUCAUCACACGGCCUAUGGAUCUGCAGACGCUGAGGGAGAAUGUUCGUAAACGAAUGUACCCAUCAAGAGAGGAGUUCCGUGAAGCAGUGGAAGUCAUCGUCAAAAACAGUGCAACUUACAAUGGGGCAAAACAUCCAAUAACACAGGUAGCACAGUCCAUGCUGGACCUGUGCGAUACUAAACUUAAAGAGAAGGAGGACAGGCUGGUGAGGCUGGAGAAAGCCAUCAACCCCUUGCUGGAUGAUGAUGAUCAGGUGGCCUUCUCCUUCAUCCUGGACAACAUUGUAACCCAGAAGAUGAUGGUGGUUCCUGACUCAUGGCCGUUUCACCAUCCUGUCAACAAAAAGUUUGUGCCUGAUUAUUAUAAAGUGAUCGUAAACCCAAUGGAUCUGGAGAGCAUCCGCAAGAACAUCUCCAAACACAAAUACCAGAACCGAGAUGCGUUCCUUUCAGACGUCAGUCUCAUCCAUGCCAACAGUAUCAAAUACAAUGGCCCAGACAGUCCUUACACCAAGACAGCCCUGGACAUUGUCAAUGUGUGCAAGCAAACCUUGGCAGAGUACGAUGAGCACUUGACCCAGUUGGAGAAGGACAUCUCUACUGCCAAAGAGGCGGCUCUAGAUGCAGCAGACUUGGAGUGUUUGGACCCAAUGACACCAGGACCAUACACGCCGCAGCCUGCUGAUCUGUUUGACAGCGGGGCUUCAGGGAGUCUACCCAGAGAGACCAGCAGCCUUUUCUCUGAAGGACCUCUAGUGGUUGCUCCAGAGAAGAGAGGGGGGCAGGGUCGCCACAGCAGAAGACCCGGGGAGGAAGAGUCAGAUGUGGACAUUGAAGGCUUUGAGGAGGAAGAUGAUGGCAAACCUAAGACUCCUGCUCCUGCAGAGGAUGCAGAUGGAGAUCUCGAGGACGAAGAUGAUGAAGAGGACAUGCUGCUGCCGCCUCGCAGACGGCUGCACGACCAGGAGGAUGAGGAGGAGGAGGACGACGACAGACUUUCAAACCGCCCAGCCCAAGCCAGUGUGCUGUACCAGGACCUGCUCAUGUCUGAUGGAGAAGAUGAUGCGAGCGAAGAGGAAGGCGACAACCCUUUCUCCUCCAUACAGCUGUCAGAGAGUGGUAGCGACUCUGACAGAGAAGUGGAUGUGCGUCCCGCCCCUCCACGGAGAGCUCAAGACACAGCUCGCAUGGGCAUGGAGCAAGACGAGAGCAUGAUGUCAUAUGAAGGGGACGGGCCUGAUGAGCCACACAUGGAAGACAGCAAUGUCAGCUAUGGCAGCUACGAGGAGACAGAGAGCAGGAGUCAGAUGCAGGCCUCCAGCAUGGGAAACGGAGAAGACUAUGGCAUCAGUGAAGAGGAGGAGGAAGAUGAAGAAGAUGAAGCACGGAGAAGAGGCCCAGCUGUGCUCUCCCAGGUCCAGCUCAGUGAAGACGAGGAAAGCGAAGAAUUCAGAUCUAUAGGAGGAGACAGCGACAUGGACUCUGACAACUAGUGACAUUUUCUUGUGGUUUUUAGUAUUAAGACGACACUGUGCAUAAUUACAGUUUUAAAAUUGAGAAAAUGUUUGUACAUACUUUAUUUUGUAAAUGAUCUUUAAUGUUUAUAGCUUCCUGCUCUGCUGUUGUACCUACACUACAGGGACACACAACACACUGUAAAUUUGAGUUUGCCUUUUAUAUGUUGAAUAAAUGUCAUGAAUCAUGUGUGUAUCUUGACAUGGACGUGUGUACAGUUGUUUUGCACUGUUUUAACUCAUUCAUAUUAGUUCUCACGAAUAGUUGAGCAACUUUGUCUGCCCCACUUCCUGAUUGAAAAAAGAGAAUAAACAUACUGAAGUUAA